AUGAAGGAAUUUGUGGUUGAGAUUGUUAGCAUGAGAAGAUUGAGACAUAGGAACUUGGUGCGGCUCUUGGGCAAUUGCCGGCGCAGGGGAAAACUACUCUUGAUCUAUGCUUAUAUGCCCCAUGGAAGCCUUGACAAGUUCUUAUACAACAAUGGAAGAAGGCACCUUAACUGGCUUCAAAGAUUUCGAAUCCUUAGAGAAGUAGCAUCUGGCCUUCUUUACCUGCAUGAAGGGUGGGAACAGAUUGUUAUACACAGAGAUAUAAAAGGAAGCAAUGUCCUAUUAGAUGCUGAAAUAAAUGGAAGGCUAGGUUAUUUGGCUCUAGAACUUACUAGAACGGGGAGGGCAACCACUUACACUGAUGUGUAUGCUUUUGGAGCUUUCAUGCUAGAGGUGGCUUGUGGAAGGAGGCCAAUAGAGCGAAUGGGGAUGCUUGAAGAAUUAGUUUUGGUUGAUUGGGUCUUUGAGUGCUGGAGCAAAGGAGAUAUUCUCCGUGCUAGUGAUCCUAGAUUGGAAGGUAAUCAUGUGGUAGAGGAAAUGGACAGUGCUUCUUUUGGUAGAGUCACAAGUAGUGAAACAUUAGAUUUCUUAUGGUCACCUCCUUCGUCAUUUGUCCAGUCUUCUAAUCCUUCCAUGUCUAGCACCGUUUCCCUCCUUCAAGAUGGUUGUUGA